AUGUCUGUCGUGGGCUUUGACUUGGGCAAUCUGCAAUCUGUUAUUUCGGUUGCUCGCAAUCGUGGCAUUGACGUUAUCUGCAAUGAGGUCUCCAAUCGCGCUACACCCUCGCUGGUUUCGUUUGGAUUGAAGCAACGCUUUCUUGGUGAAGCAGCAAAGACCCAAGAAGUGAGCAACUUCAAGAACACUGUCAGCAACAUGAAACGCUUAGCUGGUCGUACAGUGGGCGAUGCUGAAAUUCAAGAAGUGGAAGCCAAGCUGACACCUGUUGAAUUGGUGGAUGUUGAUGGUCAAGUGGGAGUCAAGGUUAAUUAUCUUGGUGAACAGCAAACGUUUUCCAAUAUCCAACUUAUUGCCAUGUAUCUUGGGAAGCUACGAGACAUCACUGCCUAUGAGAUCCAGAACGCUGUAUCCGAUUGUGUCAUCACCGUGCCCGGCUGGUUCACCGAUUCACAACGUCGUGCGGUGCUAAGUGCAUCUGAAAUUGCAGGUCUCAACUGUUUACGUUUGGUGAAUGAUCUCACAGCGGCAGCUCUUGGCUAUGGCAUCACCAAAUUGGAUCUGCCAGAAGAAAAACCACGCAAUGUCGUGUUUGUGGAUAUCGGCCAUUCCGAUUAUUCUGUUCAAGUGGUCUCUUUUGUCAAAGGCCAGUUGACGGUACGCAGCGCUGCAUACGACAUCCAUUUCGGUGGUCGCGACUUUGAUCAAGUUAUUAUGGAACAUCUUGCCUUCGAGUUUAAGGAAAAGUACAAGAUCGAUGUGUGGAGCAACAAGAAAGCAAUCCUUCGUUUACGUGUGGCUGCUGAAAAGUGCAAGCGUGUGCUAUCAGCCAAUCCUCAGGCAGCUGUCAACAUUGAAUCCAUCAUGGAAGAUCGAGACGUUAGCACCAUUGUCAAUCGUAGCGACUUUGAGGAAUGGGCACAGCAUCUUUUUGGUCGUACAGCUGAUACGUUACAAAAGGCAUUGGCCAAGGCAGGCAUGUCAGCUGCUGAUAUUGAUGCAGUGGAGCUCGUUGGUGGUACAACCCGCAUUCCUGCCAUCAAAACAACUGUAAAGCAGGUCCUUGGCAAAGAGAUUUCCACAACACUCAAUCAAGAUGAAGCCAUUUCACGUGGUGCAGCCCUUCAAUGCGCUAUCAUUUCUCCCGUUUUCAAAGUGCGUGAUUUCCGUGUCAAUGAUAUUUGCAGCUAUCCAAUCAAGUUGUCAUGGGAUCCAACGCCUGAAGAAGAUGACACGGAGAUUGUUGUCUUUGAUCGCAACAAUAGUAUCCCGUCCACCAAGAUCCUCACUUUCACUCGAAGCGAGCCAUUCACUUUGUACGCGUCCUAUGUCCAUCCCGAAGAAAUCCCACGUGGCAUCAACCCUUGGAUCGGCCAAUUCACUAUCAAGAAUGUUGAACCUGCCAACAGCUCUGGCGAACCUUCUGACAUCAAGGUCAAGGUUAGACUCAACAUCCAUGGUAUCCUUUCAGUCGAAUCAGCAUACACAGUGGAAGAAAAGGAACAUGUUGAAGAGAUCACCAACAAGGAUGGCGAAAAGGAAACCAAGAAGACUAAAAAGUUGGUCAAGAAGGCCGAUCUUCCUGUUGUCUCGGGCACCACUGCUUUGAGUAAGCCUCUUAUGGACAAGUACAUUGAACAAGAGAGUCAAAUGUCCUCCAGCGACAAGUUGAUUGCUGCUACUGAAGCUGCCAAGAAUUCGCUCGAGGAAUAUGGAUAUGAGAUGCGUGACAAAGUGGAAGGUCCCUAUGCGGCCUAUAUUGAUCCUGGAGUCAAAGAUCAAUUCUUGAAAGAUUUGAAUGCCGUGGUGGAUUGGAUUUAUGAUGAAGGCGAUGAUCAACCCAAGUCAGUCUAUGUUGAGAAACUGAAUGCUCUCAAAAAGAUUGGUGACCCUGUUGUCGAGCGCUAUCGUGAAGCUGAGGAACGACCUAGUGCUGAACGUGGCCUGCGUAAUACGAUUGAACGGUUGACUCAAGAAGCCAUGAGCCAAGAUGAAAAGUAUUCACACAUUCCUCCUCAAGAUAAGCAGGAUAUUGUUGAUCGUGCGGAGCGUGCUCGUCGAUGGUUGGACGAUCAACUAGCCAAGCAAGCCAAUGUGCCAAAGUACGAUACACCAGUAUUGCUAUCUCGAGAUAUUGCACAAGAAGAGAAUGCUGUGAUUGCUUUCGCUACCCCCAUCCUCAACAAGCCCAAGCCUGCUCCCAAGCCCGAAGCUGAUACCCAAAUGACAGAGGACGACGAAGGAAAUAAGGAAGAGUCACAGGGUGAAAAGGAAAACGAGAUGGACAUUGACUAA